CAACAGAAGUGCCAGCCUGAGCGUGCGUGUAAGGUAAGAGGGGAGCAAGCGAGGUAGAGUUCUUUUUUCUUUUCUUUUUUCUUUUUUUUUUUUUUUUUUUUGCAGAGGCGUGGUCGGCUGCGUUGCGCGUUGCUAAGCGCCAAUUUGGCAUAUAAGCGCAAAAAAAUGAGCCGCGGCCCCCGUGCAGCCCGCAGUGCGCUGAAAGAGCCGAGGAAUUCAGCAGGUACCUAUAGACGUUCGUGAGCAGCCUUUUCUCAAGCGUGGAUGGACAGUCCGAGAGAAAGACCACUGCCUGAGCUGGCUUUGAGUGAUGGGUGGAUUUAAAGGCUGGAUUGGAAAACUCUCACCCCGCAGUAGUCUCGGUUAACCUGCAGCUAGACACCCGGAAUAUCAGACUACACCUGGGAGAUACUUUCAUCGCUAAUUUAGAGGCAAGUCGCGCUCCUCAUAGUGUCCGAAUUUUGCCCAUCAUGAGGAGGUCUCUUCCGGUCGCUGGCUGGGUUAGAGCAGCAAGCUUGUUCCUGUGCUUGACGCAGACAGCCCUGGCCAUGGUCCUCACCAACUCCACGCGGCUCGAGUCCAUCCUGGACAAGUACAGGAACAAGGAUGAGGAGUGGUGGAAGGCCAGGUCAAGAGGGAGGAGGGCCAUCAGCGAGGGAGACAUGCACCUCAUCCUGGACCUGCACAACAAGCUGAGAGGUCAGGUGUAUCCUCCUGCCUCCAACAUGGAGUACAUGGUAUGGGAUUAUGAGUUGGAGAGGAGCGCAGAGCACUGGGCACAUACCUGCCGAUGGGAACAUGGGCCGAGCCACAUGUUGACACAAAUAGGCCAAAAUCUUGGAACGCAUUGGGGCAGGGACCGACCACCUACCUACCACGUUCAGGCCUGGUAUGAUGAGGUGAGGCACUACAGCUACCCCUACUCCCAGGAGUGUAACCCACACUGUCCACUCAGAUGUUCAGGACCUGUUUGUACACACUACACUCAGUUGGUGUGGGCAACAAGUAAUCGUAUUGGUUGUGCCAUCAAUGUGUGCUACAACAUGAACGUCUGGGGAAUGAUCUGGGCCAAAGCAGUCUAUCUGGUCUGCAACUACUCUCCGCCGGGAAACUGGUGGGGUCAUGCUCCAUACAAAUAUGGAAGUCCUUGUUCUGCCUGUCCAGCAAGCUACGCAGGAGGUUGCAGGGAUAACCUCUGCUAUAAAGACGGAGGUGUUGACAGGCGUCCAGCUCCUGAGCUCGAGGAGACCAACUACAUUGAACCUGAACCAGAACCGGUAAGGGAUAGAGAGCCUCAACCCAGGGCCCAGUCACCCGACCCCCCGUCCAAUGACAACCAUGAGAGAAACCAGGUUGUCAGCACAGAGCAGAUGUGCCAACAAGUCAACUGUGACACCAAGUUGAGGGAUCAAUGCAAGGGAACAACCUGCAACAGAUAUGAGUGUCCACCUGGUUGCCUUGAUAGGCCUGGGAAAGUAGUGGGAUCUGCCUAUUAUGACAUGCAAUCCAGCGUGUGUGGAGCUGGUUUACACUCCGGUGUUAUUGAUAAUGAUGGUGGCUGGCUGGAUGUGACCAGACUCGGCAGAAAACAACAUUUCUCCAAAUCAUACAAGAAUGGUAUUCAAUCUGUCGGAAAAAACAGAAGUGCAAAUUCCUUCAAAGUUGAGACGGUGCCUGUCAAGGCUGUGAGAUGUGAUACUACAGUGGCGCUUUUCUGCCCUUUUAAGAAACCUGUACGACACUGUCCAAGGUUGUAUUGUCCUAGGAACUGUUUGCGUGAUAGUGAAGCCCGGGUCAUUGGGACAAAAUACUACUCAGAUAAAUCCAGUAUCUGCAGAGCAGCCAUUCAUGCUGGAGUGAUCCAGAAUGAGUCAGGAGGUUACCUCGAUGUGAUGCCAGUGGACAGACGGAGGCAGUAUAGCGGCAGUUAUCAGAAUGGGAUCACCUCUGAGAGUGUACUCAACCCCACAGGAGGAAAAGCCUUCCGAGUUUUUGCAGUCAUCUGAAAAACCAGACAUGACCACUUCACACGAACAAAUCCAUCCAUUAUCAACGUGCAACCUACAAUUGUGUUCAUUCCUUCAGUAAAUAAAUCAGCCUUUCUGCUCCUGGCACUAAAAGUGUAACAUGCUAUUAUUCAAGGCUUCCCCUUCAGCUUUGAUCACGAGUGAAUCACUGUCCAGUUACAGCGUAGCAAAGGAUGUUUUGGCGAAUGAGGAACUUGGCUGUCUUUAGCCUUCUGUCUCACCCUAAACCUACAGAGCUAACCCUAAUAGCACACAGGGGGUGCCACGCAUCUUUGGCAGACAACACGUCAUGACAUCAGGUAUUUUAACACUCAAAGCUGAAAAUACAGCACCAGAUUUAGCACCAUUCCAAUGGACUCCUCUAAUUUCAAGCUUGAACGUAAAAGUCUAAAUCGAGAUGUAGAAUACAUCAUUUGUAAGAUUCACAAGGUUAAAAAAUGGUGUAGUCUCACCAAUGAAAACAAAGUGAGAUGAUAAGUCAUGAUACAUUCAAUUCAACCCACUUUACACACUUGCCCAAAACCCAUAAUGACCAUCUAUGGAGGAGUUAUUAUUUAAGUUUGCAUCAUAAAUACAAUGGGGUUAUAAAACUAAAACAUUUGGUCAAAUUCGAUUAUUUUUUUUUUAUUUAGAUACAUAGAUGUGUUUCAUAGUGACACUCAACACUGGAAUUGGAGUCAUUAUUAUUUAGUCAUUUAGUUGUUUUUCUUUUUAAUAAGCCUGUGCAGGGUUUAUUAAACAGUCACCAUACAUUACAGUACAUUAUCUGGUUACAGUGGUAAUAUACAGCAUAGCAAUGAUACAGAUUGUAUUUUUUUUGUGUGUGUGUGUAUGAUGAUGUUGUAAAUAAUAUUGAGGUGCUUGCUGUUGUUGCCUUUUUCAUUUACAUUUUGCCAGCCGCACAAAUCCAACCAGUGUUAAUAAAUGGCGAGAGCUUCUGCAUGCAAAACAUAUAUUUGUAACUUUGGCUUUUAUUUGUAUGAAGGACAGAUUCCACCAUCAUGUCAGUGUAUUCACAUGUCUGUAAAUAUUUUGUGUGUAACAUACAUAUCUAUAUUUUUUGUUUUGUGCUGCUUAUUCAGCUUUUGUUUAUACAUUUAUAUAAAUGGAACCUGGCUGGCCAGGUAUGUGCAUGGCAGAAUCUAUUAAAAGACUUAAAAUAU